AUGGGAAUAAAAGGGUUAACAAAAUUUAUUGCGGAUGCAGCUCCCAAUGCAAUUAAAGAAAUAAAAAUUGAGAAUUUGAUGGGAAGAAUAAUAGCAAUUGAUGCUUCGAUGUCUUUAUAUCAAUUUAUAAUAGCUAUUAGGGAUUCUGAACAAUAUGGAAAUUUGACUAAUGAAUCAGGUGAAACCACUUCACACAUAUCUGGACUAAUGUCAAGGAGUAUAAAAUUAAUGGAAAAUGGUUUAAAGCCAAUAUACGUUUUUGAUGGAGCUCCACCAGAAUUAAAAGGUUCUGAGUUAGAAAAAAGAGGAGAGAAAAGACAAAAAGCAGAAGAGUUGUUAAAAAAAGCAAAAGAAGAAGGAAAUUUAGAAGAAAUAAAAAAACAAAGUGGAAGAACUGUACGAGUUACAAAAAAGCAAAAUGAAGAAGCAAAAAGAUUAUUAACAUUAAUGGGAAUACCUGUUAUUGAAGCACCAUGUGAAGCAGAAUCGCAAUGUGCAUUUUUGACAAAAUAUGAUAUGGCACAUGCAACUGCAACAGAAGAUGCUGAUGCUUUAGUUUUUGGAACAAAAAUUUUAAUUAGAAAUUUAAAUGCUAAUGCAUCUUCAAGUCAAAAUAAAAAUAAAAAUUCAAGUAAAAGAGGAUAUAUAUUAACAGAAAUAAAUUUAGAUCAAGUAUUAAAAGGUUUAAAUUUAACAAUGAAUGAGUUUAUAGAUUUUUGUAUAUUAUGUGGAUGUGAUUACUGUGAUACAAUUAAAGGAAUUGGAUCCAAAACUGCUUAUAAUCUUAUAAAGGAAUAUAAAUGUAUUGAGCAAAUUAUUGAGAAUAUUGAUCAAAAUAAAUAUCAAGUACCUUCAAAUUUUAGAUAUGUAGAAGCUAGAGAGUCUUUUAUUAACCCUAAAGUAUUAGCAAAAGAAGAAGUUAAAAUAGAUUGGAAUGAACCAAAUAUUGAAGAGUUAAAAACUUUUUUAAUUAAAGAUUAUAAUUUUAAUGAAGUACGAGUAACCAAUUAUAUUAAUAGACUAUUAAAGGCUCGAAAGGUAACAACGCAAAGACGUCUUGAUAACUUUUUCACUGCUUGUACCAAAAAGAGCACGAAAUUAAUUAUAGAAGAGACUCAAAAGGAGUUAAUGCCAAAACGAAAGGGGAAAAAAAGGGAUAACACCACAGGGUCUAAUCCGACUCGGCUUAAUAGGAAGCAAAAAACGGAUACAUCAGGGAAUUAUGAUAAGACUGUUAAAAAGGAGGUGCAACAAAAAGGGAAAAUAAAAAAGGAAGGAAAUGAGGAAAAAUCAAGUGAAAAAUUGAAACAAAAUCACCAUGAAGCGGAUGAAGCGGAAGAAGAAGAGGAUUUGGAAAUUAACCCACGCCCAAAUUUUUUCGAUGAAAAAACGGACUCCGAAUCAGGUAAUAUAAAAAGUGAACACGCAGAACACAACGUAAGAAAGAGCGAUAGAAAAGAUAUUAAUUGUUCGGAAAAAGAUAAUGAUAUUUUGAAUAUCAACACGCAUUUAAGUAGUAGUGUUACACUGCAUAGUGGUAGUAACCAUCUAUGUAGUGACAGCAAUAAUCUAAGCACUAAUAGAAACAAUGUAAAUAGUGUAGGCCCAAUGAACAGUAGCAGUAAUUUAGUUAGUAACAACUUGUUCGACGUGAACAUUGUUUCUGUAAAUAGUAAUAAUGAUAAAGAUGCUACUGAAAUAAAAAAAAAAAAUAAUUUAUUUUUGUUACCCUUUUGUCCAAAGAAUGUUACUAAAGUUAAGAAGAGGAAAUCCGCUCAAAAAUGCUGA